AUGGGCUGUGCGAGCUCGAAGCACCGUAAACGUUGCCUCCACUGCCGGCAAGGAUAUUCUCCGGUGGAGAUGCCACGUACCCACUCGGUGCACCACCCACCGCAACAAACCGACGACAUGGUGGCUCUAAAUUCCUCAACCCUCGGAUCUCUCAAGCUCAGCUACUCCUCUUUCGGACAUAGCCGCAUACACUUGGCGAAUAUCACCGGUAACCUUGCCACCGACCAAUCCGGAGAGAACCGACAAGGAGAUGAGUUUGGUAACAAAGAAGACAGAGACAAGGAAAUGCAAGCUAAGCUUAUGGAAGCUAAAGUAUGGUCAAGUAUGAUGAACGAGAAGAUCCCCAAGAUUGUUCCAAAAACUCCUAUCUUGACGCCUCCUGGAGAACCAGAAACGAUCAACACAUGGGAGAUGAUGGAUGGGCUUGAAGACUCCAUUAGCCCUCUUCGAUCAUCUAAUCACGUUAGGAGCUUCUCGGUUGAUGUUGCUCUUCAUGGUGAUUGUAAACGUCACAAGGAGAAUGGUAAUGUGAUACUCUACUUUACAAGCCUUAGAGGUAUAAGGAAGACAUAUGAAGAUAGCUGUGACGUUAGAACUAUACUAAAAGGCCUUGGUGUUAGAGUCGAUGAGCGAGAUGUAUCGAUGCAUUCGAGUUUUAAAGACGAGCUCAAGGAGCUACUAGAUGGUAAAUUCAACAAUGGUGUUGGGAUCACUUUACCUAUGGUUUUCUUGGGGAAGAAGUAUCUUGGUGGAGGAGAGGAGAUUCGAAAGUUGAAUGAAGAUGGGAAGCUGGAGAAGAUGCUAGAAGGUUGUGAGAGGGUUGGAGAGAAUAAAAAUGGUAAUGGGAAAGAAUGUGAGGCUUGUGGAGAUAUAAGGUUUGUACCAUGUGAGACAUGUUCAGGGAGUUGCAAAGUGUACAAUGAAGAUAAUGGAAGUGAGAAGGUAGAUAGAGAGUAUGGUUUUCAAACAUGUCCUGCUUGUAAUGAGAAUGGACUCAUUAGAUGUCCUCUUUGUUUGUGA